UUGAGAAAAGAAGGAGAGGAAAAGAGGAUUGGAGGGUGGCCACGUUUAGCAACAACCAAACCCUCUCUGCUUUUUCUUCUUCUUCAUCAGUUUCUUCUCUAGGGUUUUAGCUUCUUCUCAUUCAACUACGCUUUUGUUUCGUCUCUGCAAUGAGCAACGACAAAGAUACCUUCAACGUCGCCGAUCUCUCCUCUGUUCUCAACGAGGAAAAUCGAGCAGACCUUGUCAAUGCUCUUAAGAGCAAGAUACAGAGUUUGGCUGGGCAGCACUCCGACAUUCUCGAGUCGUUGUCACCUAACGUCAGGAAGCGUGUUGAGGUUCUUAGAGAAAUCCAGGGUCAACAUGAUGAAUUAGAGGCUAAAUUUUUUGAGGAGAGAGCAGCUCUCGAAGCCAAAUACCAAAAAUUGUAUCAACCAUUGUACACAAAGCGGUAUGACAUAGUAAAUGGUGUUACC